AUGUUAACCUUUCUGACCUCUGCACUACGUUCUUGCGGCGAGGCGGCGACUGCUGUCGGCAAUGUUCCAGACUGUCGAAUGGCAUUCCACGAGGCUGGAAAACUCGGUCAGCAGCUCAGCAAACGUCUCCUGAAUCUGCCGGCAUUCCCGCUCCAGCUUCAAAACCUUGCUCGGCUGCAGCUGCUCUCGCACCAGCGCUGGCCACGGACCGAAGCAGGGCAUUACAUCGUUUUCGAUCCGUCCUGGCACAUGUGCAAAGCUACCAAAGUCGGCCGCACCCAUGAAGUGAACGACCCGCACCACUCCACGCUGAGUGAGCUGGACCCUGGAACGGAACUCCUCCGCGAUGCCCUGGAGCCGAUCGCGUGGCUGCCUGCUGGUGCUGCCGUGUCAAGCGAUGCAAGAGCUUUUCGCAACUGCCCAAUUCCAUGUCGUUGA